AUGCAACAGAACCCUGUGUGGGAUUCAGAGAUAGAGUGGGAUUCAGAGACAGACUGGGAUUCGGAGACAGAGGGAGAUCCAGAGACAGAAUUUGGGACAGCAGCUCUGGGAGCUGAGAAGAAAGCAGUGAAUCAACCAGCAAAAUGGGGUGAAGGUAUAGUGGAAGAAUUAUCUGAAAGAUUAAAGAAGAUUAAACAAGGUGGGAAUUGGUGGAAUGAUAGACAGAGCGGAGAGGAAGAGACAGUGAAGGCAGAAGGGGAUAAACAAAAAAUUACAAAACGAGGGGAAUGGAAUACAGGAAUAAUGGGAAAAGAAGAGGAAUGGAAUACGGGAACAAUGGGAAAACAAGGGGGACAGAAUACAGGAACAGUGGGAAAACAAGGGGAAUGGAAUACAGGAAUAAUGGGAAAACAAGGGGGACAGAAUACAGGAACAGUGGGAAAACAAGGGGGACAGAAUACAGGAACAAUAGGAAAACAAGAGAAAUGGAAUAUGGGAACAGUGGGAAAACAAGAGGAAUGGAUUACGGGAACAGUGGGAAAACAAGGGGAAUGGAAAACUGGUACGUUGGGAAAACAAGGGGGAUGGAAUACGGGAACAGUGGGAAAACAAGGAAGACGGAAUUCAGGGACAAUUGGAAAACAAGGGGGACAGAAUACAGGAACAGUGGGAAAACAAGGGGGACAGAAUAUAGGGACAGUGGGAAAACAAGGGGAAUGGAAUACAGGGACAGUGGGAAAACAAGAGGAAUGGAAUACGGGAACAGUGGGAAAACAAUGGGAAUGGAAAACAGGAACGGUGGGAAAACAAGGGGGACGGAAUACAGGAACAGUGGGAAAACAAGAGGAAUGGAAUACGGGAACAGUGGGAAAACGAGAGGAAAUUAAUACAGGAACAGGAAAAAAGGGAGGGAAAUUGAGUAUAGCAUCAGAUGAAAAUAGAAUAAAGAUUUUUUCAGAGCCAACUAAACAACAUAAAAAAGAAGAACAAGUUGCAAGAACAGAGUCUCCAAGGCAGUCGGUGCGAUCAGUGAAAUCUGGACUAGUUUCAGGGAGAGUGGUUGAGUUAUCGAGUGGAUUAGUUUCACAAAGAGUGGCAGAGUUAUCGAGUGGGAAAGCCGAGAGAAGUGCAGAGCCCGUUCUCGAACCUACUAUACAGAGUUCGGAGAUAAUGGGAGCAACAAGGACAAUGGCAGAGUUGGCUCAGCAAUGGGGAACGGAUGAAGAGACAGAGACGGAUCAGUUACAAAGAGUUCCACCAGAGGAAUUCAUAUAUCAUAAACCGGAGUCUGAGUCCACUCAAGAUCCACAAAGAAAGCUGCUGAUCUGCUACUGGGAGACACAGACUGAUAUUUCGUGGCUGGCCACUUUGCUGAGUGUGUAUUCCUCCUUUGAGAAAAUUGGUUUGACUUUAUCUCUCGCCACAGAGGAGGAGUUGAAGAACAAGAUCAGGUCUUCCACUCAGAUCAUCUUUUUUCAAUCUAAAAAUUCCUCAAAAUCUAUAGAAGACAUGCAGAGUUUCCUGGAACACUGUAUCGACAUAAACAGCGAGAGACGUGUACCGGAGGUAUGGCAACAGAAACACUAUUCUAAAUAUUUGCACAUUGGGAUAUUCUCAAGGUCCAAAGAUCGUGGGUUAUUGCUUCAGACAUUGCUGAGUAAGAAAAACCAGAAGGAUAUACUGAUGGAGUUCAGACAGAUAGACAUAUCUAGAACCACAGAGGAGGAAAUCAGAGAAGCAAUUUCGAUGUGUUCGUACUCCAUCUUACAUUUUGCAAAGAAAAAUAUCUAUGACAUACAUUUCCUUUCUCUUUUUGAAGUGAAGAAGGUCCUUGUGAUUAUUGAUGAUUUGGAAGAUGAAACUUUGCAAAGGAUACUCCUAGUCCAGCAGGAACAGUCUGUUACUGUGAAUGAAAUAGACCUAACGAUGGAGGAAUCAUUGAAUACAAGGAACAAGCCCAGAAACAGAAAGUCAGACAAGUUAAACAGCACUUUGAAGUUCCUAAUAAGUUGA